AUGUCUGCGCGAAUCCCAGCCAUUGCUGCCAACCGCGUCAGCGAUGCUGCCAAGAAGCAGCUUGACCUUGUCGCCAAGUUUGUCGAGGAAGAAUGCAUUCCUGCCGACCCUGUAGUGGAAGCCCUUGCUGGCGAGGGCGAUGCCCGCUGGGAAGGACACCCAUCCAUCAUUGAGGAUCUGAAGGAGAAGGCCCGCAAGCUCGGUCUCUGGAACAUGUUCCUUCCCAAGGGCCAUUACAAGGAGUCUCCUGGCUGGACUAACCUUGAAUACGGUCUCAUGGCCGAGUGGCUCGGUCGCUCACACGUCGCGUCCGAGGCUUGCAACUGUGCUGCCCCUGAUACAGGUAACAUGGAGGUUCUGGCCAAGUACGGCAACGACGCUCAGAAGGCCCAGUGGUUGAAGCCUCUCAUGGACGGCAAGAUCCGCUCAGCUUUCCUCAUGACAGAGCCCCAGGUCGCUUCCUCAGAUGCUACCAACAUCGAGUUGAGCAUCCGUCGCGAGGGUAACGAGUAUGUUCUCAAUGGACAGAAGUGGUGGUCUAGCGGUGCUGGUGACCCACGAUGCAAGAUCUACAUUGUCAUGGGCAAGACAGAUCCCGAUAACAAGGACCCUUACCGCCAACAAUCCGUUAUUUUGGUGCCUGCUGAGACACCCGGUAUUACUAUCAACCGUAUGCUCAAGGUCUACGGUUUCGAUGAUGCGCCCCACGGUCACGGACACCUUACAUUCAACAACGUGAGGGUACCUGCCUCUAACCUUGUCCUUGGAGAGGGACGUGGAUUUGAGAUUAUCCAGGGCCGUCUCGGACCUGGCCGUAUCCACCAUGCUAUGCGCAGCAUUGGUGCUGCUGAGCGCGCUCUUGACUGGAUGCUACUCCGAGUCAACGACGAGUCCAAGAAGCCAUUCGGCAAACUCCUCCGCGAGCACGGUGUCAUUAUUGAAUGGAUCGCCAAAUCUCGUAUCGAAAUCGACGCUGCCCGUCUCAUUGUUCUCAACGCAGCCAUCAAGAUGGACGACCUAGGUCCCAAGAAGGCCCUCAAGGAGAUCGCUGAAGCAAAGGUUCUCAUUCCCCAGACAGCUCUUACUGUUAUCGACCGUGCUAUCCAGGCCUACGGUGGUGCGGGUGUCUCUCAGGAUACCCCACUGGCGUACAUGUGGGCUGGUAUUAGAACGCUGCGACUCGCUGAUGGACCAGAUGAGGUGCAUCUGCAGCAGAUGGGACGCAACGAGAACAAGCGCAGCGCGGAGGCAACUGCUACGAUUAAGAUGCAGAGAGCCAAGACUGAGGAGUUGUUGAAGGCUUAUGGUGUCGAGAGACUUCAGCCCGGCGCUAGAAUACAGCACAAGGCUAAGUUGUAA